UUAAAUUGUUUAAUUUAAUUCCCAGAAAAAGUCUAAAAGAAAUAUAAUAAAAAAUGGAACCAACUCCCCAGUUGGUACCAGCAGCUGUUACAACUGCACCGGCGCCACAAUCAGUUGCUGCGACUCCAGUGCCUGUUGCAGCCGCACCAAAAGAAGUGGCUGCUCCACCUACACCGCAAGCAGCAGCUGUGGUACCUGUUGCGGUUGCGGCGCCAGUUCCGAUUCCAAUUGCCGUAGCGCCGCAACCAACUGCUGCACCCGUAGGGACUGCAAGUCCGGUUGUUGCCACACCGCAAGCUGCAUCGGUUCCACAACCAGCAGCUGCAACAGCAUCACCUGCACCGGCAUCUGUUCCAGUCGCCACCCCAGCAGUUGCUCCGGUUGCCACUGUACCGCAAACAGUUACUGCCCUUCCAGCAACUCCAGCUCCAGUUGCAGCUGUUGCAGCAGCCCAAAUCGCCACCCCACAAGCAACUCCCGCAGUCAGCCCAGCAGCAGCUCCAGUUGUCACCCCCCCAGUAGUUCCAGUUGUGCCUGCUGCAACGGUUCCAGUUGUGCCCCCUGCAACGGUUCCAGUUCUCGCCGCCCCUGCAGCGCCGUCUCCCAUCCCAGCAGCUGCUCCAGUUGCUGCACCAAUAGCAGUUCCUGUUCUCGCCGCCGCACCUGCUCCAGGAGCCCCAAUCGCCACCCCACAAGCAACACCGGCUGUCACCCCAGCAGCAGCUCCAGUUAUUGCUCCUGUUGUCACCCCCGCACCAGUUCCUAUCGUCGCCCCCGCACCAGCUCCAGUUGCAGACGUUAUCCCACCACCUGUUGCAGUUGUGCAAGCUGCAGCUCAAGUUGACGUUGUGCCGCAGAUAGCUCCUCCAGUUGCAGAACCUACUCCAGCAGCAACUCCGGUUGCUGCCGCACCACUGCCUGCUGCUACUCCUCAUGUGGCAGUACCUCUACCUGUGAAUCAACCUCCUGUACCGCCACCAAAGCCAGUGGUGCCAAAUCCGAUUUCUGUUGCUAAUGUUCCUGCCACCGUGACAGUUGCCGUAGCUGAAUCAUCUCCUGUUCAAAUUGAAGAUCCUGCGACCGUCCAAAGCGCUGUGGAACCAAUUACUGCCGCUUCGACUUCUGAAAUUGUCCCAGAUCCAGUUGUUGAAGUCAUUGAACCACCAGUACUUAUCACCGAAACUCCUACACAGCCAAACGUCGUUCUCGAAGAAACUUUGGCUGCUGCCGAAGAUCUUUCCCAUGUACCAUCGGAUCCAGUACCUGCUCCCACAGCAUUUGAGGAGCCAAUAAGUGUUGCGGCGCCAGAUCCCGUCGUGAUAGCCGAAGAGACUCCGAUUCAACCACCAUUGCCUGCGGCGGCAGUGGGAUUAAGUGAAAUUCCUGAGUCCUUGGAACCUGUUGUGAAUGCCGUUGAAACUGUCCAACCUGAAACAGUUGCUGAAAUAGUUGUACCAGCACCUGAAGCAGAAGACGCCCCAAACUGUGAAUCAACUGUUGCUGCUCCUCAAACUCUACCUGACGCAAUUAAUGUAGAUCUUCCAGAGCCUGUGAUUGCUGCUGCAGAAUCCUUACAGCCUGAUGUUGCUGUUGUAGAGACAGAUCAGCCUAUUCCCGAGCCAGUAACAAUAAUCGAGUCAGUAGAACCCGCCCCAGCUGCUUCGCAACCGGAAAGUGCCCCUGAAGCUUUACCAGAAUCACAAGCUGCCACAGAUAUAGUUGUAACGGAGACGGCAAAGCAGACAGAAGCUGUACCGAUUCCUGCUGAGAGUUCGGAAGCACAACCCGCUCCAGAAGCAUUAGCUCCAGCCGUUGAAACUUUGGAAUCAACGCCUCUGCCAGUUGCCAUUGCUGCUGAGUCGUCAGAAGCAACACCUGAGCCAGUUGCCGCCGUUGUAGAAACUUUAGAACCAACGCCAGAGCCAGUUGUCGCCACUGUGGAAACAUUAGAACCAACGCCAGAGCCAGUUGUCACCUCUAAAGAAGGUUUAGAAGCAUCUCCUGAGCCAGUUGUCGCCCCUGCUGAAUCUUUAGUUCCAACACCCGAACCAGUUGUUGCAGUUGCAGAAUCCUCAGAACCAACGCAUGUACCAGUUGUUACCGCUGCUGAAGCUUCACAACCAACCGCGGAGCUAGUUGCCACCGCUGUUGCAACUGUAGAACCAACACCUCAGUCGGUUGCAGUCGCUGUUGAUUCUUCAGAACCAACUUCCGAGGUUGUAGCCCCUGCUGAGUCUUCAGAACCAACGCCUGAGCCAGUUGUUGCUGCUGCCGAAGGAGUACCAACACCGGAGCUUGUUGCCGCAGUGGCAGAACCAUUAGAGGCAACGCCUCAGGCGAUUAUAGCCAAUGUAGAAUCUUCAGAACCAACACCAGAUGUCGCCGCAGUUGAAACCUUAGAACCAUCGCCAGAGCCAGUUGUUGCAGUUGCAGAAUCCUCAGAUCCAACGCAUGUGCCAGUUGUUGCCGCUGCUGAAGUGGAGCUAGUUGCCCCCGCUGCAACUGUAGAAGCAACACCUCAGCCGGUUGUCGGCUCUACAGAAGCUUCAGAACCCUCGCCUGAGCCAGUUGCCGCUGCUGCAGAAACUUUAGAACCAACUCCUGAGUCAGUUGUUGCCGCUACUGGGGAUAUUGCGGAACCUUCUCUUGAUACGACAGUUACUGCAAUUGAAGCUGCAGGGGAAUCAGAUGUUGCCACAGUGGAAACUUCAGAAUCUCCUCCCGAACCCACCGAACAACUAGUUGUUGCAGCUCAAACCGCAACAGAACCAGUUAUUGCUGCCGUGGAGAGCCCUGAAACAGCAGCCCUUUCAGAUGUUGUCGAGGGUUCUAAGCCUGAUGAUGAACCUAUAAAAGAAUCAGAAGCGACUGAGGUUCCCUUAUCUCCAAGUCCAGACGCUUCCUCAGUUCCGGUGGCCAAGAUAACGCCAUUACUAAGGGAUCUACGAACAACCGAUGUGUCCUUGCUAGCAAUAGCAGCAACUUUAGAUGCCAUUGGCGAAAAGUUGAAAGAUCAAAAGGCACGCAAUCAACAAGUACUCGAUAGACUAUGUGAAAUUGAGAAAAUACUCGGUGCACCAAAACAAAACUAGAUUUGCCGUAUUUAGAAAAUUUCAUUGAAAUAAAAACACUUUAACUCAGA